GUCGGAUUAAUAAUCCCUGUUCAUCGAAGAGGGUGAGCUAAUUCUAUAUAUAAUUCGACCAACAACCCAUGACUCUAUCACUUCUCCUUCCCAUGGCGAUGACCAAAACCAUUCUCAAACUUGACAUUGCAUGCCAGAAAUGCAAGAUCAAAGUCCUCAAAGCUGUUGCUGCCAUAGAAGGCGUGGACAAGAUUGAGACGGACGAAGCCAAGGGGACCUUGGCCGUGACGGGCACGGCGGAUCCCUACGACAUAGUUACACGUACCAGGAAGGCCAUUUCUUGCGCCGGCAAGAUUGCUGAUAUAGACACCAUUGGACCGCCCAUAAAGCCUAACCCACCGCCCAAGCCCACCCCCACACCCUCAUGCCCAUGUCCGCCCUACCCGCCACCCCACCCGCCUUGUUAUGGAUCGUCGUACGUGGUCGUGCCCCAUGAAACCUAUCCUUCUUGCUCUAUUCUUUGAUCAAACCUAAGUCUUCAUAUAAUUAUUGGAUGUCUGCAAAAUCAUUUUAAUAUAUAUAUAUUUUUUUUUAUUUCAAUGCAUUUAUCCUAUUAUCGUGUGUGUGUGAGGGGGGGUAAGAUUAGGAGGCAGCUAUGUUGAAUAAUUUUGUUGGAUUAAUAAUGUAAUUGUUUGUGUUUAUUUUGUUCGUCCUAAAU